GAGCACGGCGGGUGCUCGACGAUGAGGAUCGGAGUCUUAGGGUGCUGCCAUGGAGAACUGGACCGCGUCUACGAAACGGUGAGGAAGCUGGAAAGACAAAGCAUCGGCAUCGACUUGCUCAUUUGCUGCGGAGAUUUUAUGUCGGUUCGCAAUGAGCAGGAUCUGGAUCACGUCUGCAUGCCGCAACAGCAUCGUGAGAGACAGGACAUGAAGGACUUCAGCAAGUACUACACCGGUCGUGUAGAGGCUCCGGUGACAACUAUCUUCGUCGGAGGCAGAAAUGAGGCGGCGAACCUGCUUCGUGAGCAUUACUUUGGCGGCUGGGUGGCUCCACGGAUCUACUACCUUGGCUGUGCUGGAGUAGUCCGCAUUGGUCCUCUCCGCAUUGCUGGAAUUUCCGGUAACUUUGUCGCCUCUGAUUACUUCCGUGGACGACACGAGUGCCCACCUUUCACAGAGGAGUACAAGCGAAGUGCAGUCCACGCUCGCGAGUACGAUGCAGCGAGGCUGGAGAAACUGCAGGAGCCCAUCGACAUCGUAGUGUCUUACGACUGGCCGCGAGGCAUUUGGAAGUUCGGCAACUACGAAAAGAUGUGCGAGCAGCCCGACCUGGGGGAGAAUGUCAAGCGGGAGAUGGAAGGCCAGGGCUUGACGAUGCUUCGGGUCAGGCAACACUUUGGGAAGCCCUGCCGCUGGGCCGGCAACGUUGGUGACACCGAUCAUGUCAUCCAUACAGACAGGUCAUCGAAGGGACUGAAUCUUGCGAGCCGCGUGACAGGCGAUCGAAUUUGUUUGAUCGUUCCGACUCUUAUUCUCGAUCCAGGGCCUUUGCCUCGAGCUUGGCUCCUGCUGGGGACGGUGUGGGUCUUAGCAUACAGUCGUGAAGACCGCCAAAUGUUAGAUGAGCUCAGAGUGAAGUUUCCAGCUCUGGUUCCCCAUGGCGAUGGUACCUUCACCCGGUUCCUGGCGCUUGAUCGGUGCCGGACGGGCCGCGAGUAUAUGCAGGCCUGGCAGCAAGGUGCUGCAGGUCUGCGUUUCAUCCCAGUCCCAGAGAUCAUGCAAGCCGUAGGUCUUGGACAUCGACCCGCGCUGUCCCACAGCGAUGCAAGCUUUGCCACGACCCUCCUGGCUGAAGACGCCUGCGAUGCUUCGACAGUCUCUGCCAAUGGCUUUCCGGACUUGAGGCUGCGAAGACUUCCUGUGCCAUUGUGCUACGACGCAGAGUGGCUUGCAGUGCAGAAGGUAAACCACGAGAGCAUCUCCUUCUCCUGGCAGCCUGCGAAAGCCAAACUCGCCGCGGCGACGCGGGAGGACGUCGACUGGGUCAAGAAGCGGCUCAGAGACGACGUGGGAGCCGUCCCAUCCUACCGGGGCCGUCGUCAUCCAGACUUGUUGCCGACCAAGUUGCGGAAGAGUCGUGGAGCAGGGAGGCAGACUUUCCAGAAUUUCUCCACGGAGCAGCUGCGGGAGUUGUAUGACUUUCGUGGCCUUGUGUUCCCUGGGCAUCUGGACAAGCCUUCGAUGAUCAAGAAGCUGGAGGAAUAUGAUGCCCUGCAUGGAGAGGAGGAAGAGGAGAAGGCGGUGGAAGGGGAAGGUUUCCCGAUCCCACUGAACUUCGAAGCCGAGCCGCCCAAUCCCCAGCAACAGCGAGCACGGCUUCUUGCCAUCCUGGAGCUGCACGACCUGUGGAAGGACCAGGAAAGUCAGAGAAGACAAGUACUCCGUAGCACGCACAUGGAACAGGUGUACGAUCCAUUCAGCGAUGCAUCUGUGCCUGAACUUGCUGUGCCUCCGGUCGCUUCUGCAGGCCCAUCACACACAGCAGGGCACGAUGUGAAGCCGGCCAUACCCAGCGACGAGCCCCAGGAGGAAUCCACCGAAAGAGAAGCUCCGCCUGCAGCGACUGAUGAAGGCACAGCGCCGGUGACAGCAGAAGACCAGGCGAUCUAUCCAGACGCGGCAGAUGCAGCUCCUGAGCAAGAGCAGGAAGCGGCAGCCGUCGAGGAGGCCCCCAUGUCGACUGAUGCCGGAGGCAUGGGUUUCGUGCCAGGUGCUGAGGCUGCGGAGGAGGAAGAUGACGAGGGAGACGAUCCCGGUCCUUUGCUGCUUGCGGUGGAUCAAGUCGAAGGCGUCCUGGAGGCUUUGACGGGUGGCGAGGAGGUGCCUGGCGGCAAGUACACGGCCUUCGAAGCAGUCUUGGGUCUGUCUUGGCUCGUCCUCCAUGUCUCCUCUAGCCAUGUGAGAAGCAGACAGGUCGAGGAGGCCGUGGAUGGCUUCGCGGCCUUGGCAAAGGCCUUGGCCGAGGCGGAGCGUCCCUUGGAUUGUGAUAGGUUCUCCGUUGGCAGGUUGCUUUGCGAGGAGGCUGAAGCAGCAGAAGCAGCUGCAGUGGUUGUGGAUGUUGAUGCCCCGGCGUUUUCGAAGACCAGCCAGCAGUGGGUGCCUGGCAUCGUGCGCGAGAUUUGGCCGGAUGGUUCUGUCCAUGUCCAAUACGAGCAGGCGCAGCACUUAUACAAAGUCCUUGCUCCAGAGCUGCAGGGCUCGAUGCUCCGAGCUUGCGGGCAAAUCGCGGAGCCUGACACGCAGGAAGAGGGAGGAGACUCGCGAGUAGCUGCAUUGGUCGAGGAGGCUGAACGUCUCAAAGCAACCAUUGCAAAGCAGCAAGAGGAGAUUAGCGCACUGCAAGAGCAGAGACAAGCACAGCCGGCCGUGGCCCAGAAUGCACAUGGGCUCGUGCAGGUCCAGCUGCAGGCGAGACAAGAUCAUAAACCGCAACGGUCCGAUCAAGCACGGCCGCAGCAACAGCCCUUGCAGACACCCCAGCAAGGCCCGCAGCAGCAGCAGCAGCAGCAGUGGCGAAAGCCAAGCGCAUCUAAGCCUUUCACAGCUGUUCAGCCGAACAGCUUUGCGAGGGUGGCCGAAAACCGAGAAGAGGAGAACUGGACCUGCUCGGUGUGCACUUUUGAGAAUGUGGAGCCCCUGACCGAGUGCGAGAUGUGUGGCACGAAGCGCUCUUACCCCAGCUCUCCGCAGCGAAAGAGACUGAAAAAGGGUCCUCCUGACAUCGUCGAGGUGGAGGCUGUGUUGGAUCAUCCCUGCCGCCAGAAUGCUCCGGAGGUAACAGCAGGCCCCGCCGAGUUCCUCCGCUGCGCCACCGCGGUGAUUGAGCCCGGUAUCGGGGCCCGAUCUGCGUCACAGGUGCAGGGCCCUGAAGACGAAGCCCUGAUCGAGGUUCCAGUGCCUGACUGCUUGUCCGCUGGUCCCUCGGGAGAGCCACUGCGAUUGACGCAGACGCUCCAUGACCGGCUUUGCCCCUAUCAGCGCGAAGGAGUGGCGUGGAUGUGGCACCUGCAUGCUCGCAAGCACGGAGGCAUCCUGGCAGACGAGAUGGGACUGGGAAAGACGGUGCAGGCUUGUGGCAUGAUCCGGGCACUUCGCGCAAAACAGGCUACCCACGUGCUGGUGGUGAUGCCUGUGACCCUCUUGGAUCAAUGGGCCCAGGAGCUGAAAAAAUGGUGUCCUGGCUGCCCGGUAUUCAUCUACCACGGGUCACCGACGCACCGCGCGCGAGCCCUCCGUGCUGUGGCACGGGCACGGGGAGGUGUCUUGCUCACCUCCUACGCCAUCAUCAAGAACGAAGACGAGAAGCUGGCCAUGGUGGACCUGUCGGAGGAUGCCGAAAGCACCGGCCUGAGCAAGUCUGAGUGGCGGCCUGCGAAGGGAGCGAAACGAGCCCGCGGCAUGGCCGCAGCAGCCUGGAUAAAGCCCUGGGACCUUGUGAUCUGUGACGAGGCACACGUCAUGCGGACGAUCUCCACUCUUCUUGGAAAGGCCGUGCGACGGCUGAAGGCUGACUGCCGUAUCCUCUUGACAGGCACACCAGUGCAGAAUGCUUUGCAAGACCUAUGGGCCUUGAUGGACUUUGCGCAGCCGGGUCUGCUGGGCAACCAUGCCACCUUUACCAAGCGCUUCAACGAUCCGAUUGAGAAAGGAAGCGUUCGGGAUGCGUCGCCCUCUGCUGUAGCUCUCAAGAAGCACCUUUGCGAGCAGCUUUGGGAGCUCGUGAGGCCGCAUCUCCUACGUCGGACGAAGGAUCGCGUCGGCAUGAUGGACAACAGUGCUGGAGUCGAAGCUCGAGGCAGCACCGAAGCACUGACGAAGCCGCUCCCACCUCGGACAGAGUUUGUUGUGUGGCUUGUGCCGUCGAAAGAUCAAGUCCGGAUCUACCAAAAGGCGCUGGAGACAAGCGAAAUUAUCCACGAAGCGAACAGCAAAAGCAAGCUGGGAGUUGAAGUUUUCCGGGCCAUCGGGCUGCUGAAGCGAUUGUGCAACCACCCUGCCCUGGCACUUCCAACGCACGAGAACUGGCAGCGGGCGCUUGCGACAGCAGGGGAGGGCCUCUUGGUGCCUGCGGAGCUGACAAGAAUG